CGUCGAUUUUUUAACGCCUUCGACUCCGCUUCUCGACACAUAGGCUCCCAAUUGUCCUCGUCACUUCGCCCAACUCGCCCUCGCUCGCUGUUCUCUUUUCUCGAUCGCCAGCUCGUUUUCCUUCUUUUUUUCUUUCUCCUCCUUCUUGUUCGUCUCGCUGUUCCUGUGUCUCUUCUCCCUCCUGUUUUCUUUGCAAGAUCGAAAUCUGGACGCCGCGGUGUGCCGACAGUGACUGGUUCCACGCGUCUCCCGCCUCGUAGUCCAUUCUCUCCUCGUCUCCUCACUUCUCUUCUUCUCUUCGUCGUCUUCUCUCUCUUCUCUCUCUUCUCUCUCUUCUCUCUUUUCUCUCUCUUCUCUUUCGUAUCAUUCUUUUUCCUCUCCUGUUUCUUCCUCUCUUCUUCUGGCUCUGCUGCGUCUCUUCCUCUUGCUUCUACUUCUACUUCUUUCCUUCAUCCGCUUCCUUCUUCUUCUCCUCUCCCUUCGCUUCCCUCUGCUCCUUUUUCCGUCUACCCGUUUCCUCUCUUCUCCGUUCUUCUCUCUCGCCAUUACUUCCUCUUGUCCCUGCUCUUCCUUGUCUCCUCGCCCCCGCGCUCUCCGCUGCUCGAAUUGCCUCUCUCGUGAAUCAGUUCUCUGCUCGUUCCCCGCUUCUCUGUGCGCCUCUGGAGAGAGAGGUUCAAAGCGCUGUCGGCACUUGCGUUAAGCGAGCGUCUGCAGGACUGCAAGUGACUCUGAAGAGUGACGGAAAGAUGGAGGACGUGGAGUCUGCAGCUGUCGAGAACGAAACUGAGAAGCAGCAUGAAAGCCGAGGACGCUCUUCCUCGCAGACGCCUUGCUCGCAGGCCGACAGCCGCCCGAGCGACGAAGACGAUUUGCUCUCAGAAGAUUAUAUAUUUGAUGAUGAAGGCGACAUCGACAUUGACCUCGUCUCUGCAGAGGUUCACUCUAUUGAACGAAGAAAGGGUUCUCAAGUGCUCUUUCGCGCGUUGACGCCCGAUGAACUGCGGACGCGCAUGCACGAAAUUCUCCAGGAAUCUACAGAGCUUCUGGGAGUCGACGAAGAGGUAGCCUCACUGCUUCUGCGCACCUACCGCUGGCAUCUGGACGACCUCAUUCAAGAGUGGUACUCGGACCGGAACGCCGUUUUGAAGAAAUCCCGACUCCCUCUCCCCCCUGACCGAGAUGACGGGAGCUCUUCUUCCUCCUCUUCUUCCUCUUCUUCUUCUUCCUCUUCUUCUUCUUCCUCUUCUUCUUCUGCCUCUUCUUCUUCUGCCUCUUCUUCUUCCUCUUCUUCUUCUGCCUCUUCUUCUUCUGCCUCUUCUUCUUCCUCUUCUUCUUCCUCUUCUUCUUCUUCCUCUUCUUCUGAGAUGUUCGAGUGUCCAGUCACGACGUUGGUUGUCCCCUUUAGCGAAACCUCGGCGCUUCCGUGUGGUCAUCGAUUUUCAAAUGAGUGCUGGAAAAUGUAUCUGGAAGCCGCGAUUUCCGAAGGCCCAGAAAGUGCAGUCGAUAAACGGUGUCCGUUGUACAAGUGCGGCGAGGUUGUCCGAGAGGCCUUUUGGAAACGCUUUUUGUCUGCUCAAAGUUAUUCGCGUUUCCUCGAUUUCCAGCUUCGCCUGCUGGUCGAGAGACACCCGGCGUUUAGCUGGUGUCCUGCCCCAGGAUGUCCGAUGGCUGUCGAGCUUCGAGAGCAUGCCAGUUGUUUUUCUUCUCCUCUUUUCGCCCCGCCAGUCUCUCACCAAAGCACUUACAGUUCUUCUACACACAACCCAAGCAACUCUCUCUCUUCUUCCUCUUCAGCUUCUUCUUCUUCUUCCUCUUCAGCUUCUUCUUCUUCCUCUUCUUCCUCUUCAGCUUCUUCUUCUUCAGCUUCUUCUUCCGCUGCUGCGUCUCCAGUCUCUUCCUUGGUCUCUUCCUCUUCAGUCUCCGCUGCUACGCCGUCUGCGUUUGCGACUUGCAGUUCCGGACGGCUGGCUGGGGGAGAUGUCUGCUGCGCGUGUGGAACGCGCUUUUGUCUGUACUGUGGGGAGGAGCCGCACCGUCCGGUGCCUUGCGACAUCAUCCGGAGCUGGAAUGUGAAGAAUCAGAGCGAGGCAGACAACAUGACGUGGAUUCUCGUUCACACGAAGAACUGUCCUACCUGCAAGCAGCCGAUCGAGAAGAACCAAGGCUGUAUGCACAUGACGUGCCGCUGCGGCUUCGAGUUCUGCUGGCUCUGUCUCGGGGACUGGAAGAGACACCAAACGAGCAAUUUCUACAGAUGCAACGUUUACGAGCAAAGACCGCCCGAUCCCAGUGAAGAAAAACGCAAAAAGGCGAAGGAAUCUCUAGAACGAUAUGCGCACUACUUUGAAAGGUACCGGGCGCACGCACACGGGCAGCGCGUGGCGGCAGAGAAGCAGAUGACGCAGGUGAACAAGCAGAUGCGGCUUUUGCUUCAGCGAAGUUUGCGAGACAUUUCCGAAGUCGAGUUUCUAGAAGAAGCCGUCAAGCAAAUCAUCGAGUGUCGGCGAAUUCUGAAAUGGUCCUACGCGUUCGGCUACUUCGCAGACUGGCAGGAGGCGCAUCAGAAACAUCUCUUCGAGUACCACCAAGGCCAGCUGGAGCGCAGCCUAGAUCUGCUGCAGGAGAAGACCGAAACGUUCGAUCCCGACGACUUCCUCGGAGGCGAGAGACUUCUCCGCCUCCACGUUUUCAAAGCGGAACUCAUCGACCUCACGCGAGUCAUUGGCGGAUUCUUCAGAAAAAUCUGCAAUGUCUUCGAGGACGAAUUCUGCACCUAAACAACGACGGGGAAGGAAACGCACCGGCGGUGGCAAGAGAGAGCAGAAGCGCGGAACCGAGAGAAGUGGAGAGAGAGGAAAGAGAGGAAAGAGAGAGGAAAGAGAGAGGGGAGAAGAUGGAGAGAAAGAACAGGCAUGCGAUAGAAAAGAAGGGAGGGAUUUCGUAUGUUUGUUCGAUGCUGAGAGAUAGAAAAAGGACGAGACAACGGCCCGUCAGUAUGGUCCGGCGACUUUCGCGAGGCAACAUGUCGACAUGGGUGUGUUGGGAGACACUGGACACAAUGAGAUACUCCAAAGUAUUUCGCCCAAAUGCAAAGGCAGACGCAGGAGAAACUUCCUGCCUGCAUGCAACCGAAUCUGCGCAGGAGCCCACGUGCAUGCAGGUGCACAUGUCGACCACACUCCACGCACAUGUGUGAAAGUUAGUAGAUAUAAAUCCGUAUGUAUUCAAGUUCAUACGGAUAUAUCAAUGUAGACUCACGAAUAUAUAGAUUCACCGAGUAAAUCUGAACGUAUGCAUGCAUGCUUCAACAUGAAUACAUGCAGCAUCACGCGUGUGGGGAAUGUGAUGGCAUAGACCGCAGGAGUCGGUUGAUGUCUCACUUCAGGCGAUUGGCGGAGGGGCAAGUUCGCAUGCACUGAGGAGAGAAGCGUUGCGAGAACUUGCGGCAUCGGACACCGCAGAAACGAACGUUCGAUCUCAAAGAACGAAGCGGAGAAGAUACGUCGCAAAAAAGAGAAACAAGGUGCACAAAAACAAAGCAACUACAGGGGAACGACUCUGUGUACAUGCAUAUAUAUAUAUAUAUAUAUGUAUAUUACAAAGAUAUAUGCACAGGUAUAUCUGUGUAAAGGGAAAUUAUGCAUGUGUGCAUUUAUGUAUCUAUUCACAUAUAGACAUAUAUAUAUAUAUAUAUAUGUAUGUAUACGUAGGUGUAGACGAAGUGUUUUUCAUUGUCCUGAAUGAUGUCAAGGGGCGUUGGCCUGAUCGACGCCAGCGCCACGACGAGGUCUGCGUUUUUUCGAGAUCAAGUCUUUUAAUUCAAAGCGUUUCUCCUCGCUCACUCCUUCCUCCCUCAAAGGCACACAACCAGUUCUUUUCGUCUAUCCCCAUCUGCAUGCAACACCGGCAACUGGCACGGAACGACAUGUGUGCGCCUAUAAACUUCGACGCAUGUGGGUACGUAACUCUGUGAGUUUGUCAAAGGUUUUGUGGCAUUUAUACAUAUAUAUAUAUAUAUAUAUACGCAGGUAAGAGCAUACGUUUUUCGAUUCCUUGGUGUAAUGAAUAUAUAUAUAUAUAUAUAGAUAGAUAGAUAGAUAUAAUUAUACAUAAAUUACAAGGUUGAUAAGAGUAUAUGUUUGUCGACUGCUUGGCGCGAUAGACAUGCACUGAACGUAAUCUCACAUAUACAUGUAUAAACGAAUAUAUAUAUAUAUAUAUAUAUGUUUACACGUAUUCGUAAGAGGAGGGGUGCAUAGGUUCGUUGAUUUCUUUAUGCCUGUUGAGCUUUGAAACACGGACCAAGAGACGCGUUUUUCAUCUCUCGUAGGAGAUGUUGUUUUUGCGGUUCGCCUGUUCUGGUGCGCGAAAGAGGGGAUGUUUCAUUCCUUGAGGUAAGUGUUUGACUUUGUCCGCCAGACUCGACGGUCGACUUCGUUGCAGAGAGGACGAAUGAUUUAUUUUCUUCGCUUUUCUGUCUCGUCCGUUCGUCCUCCCU